AUUAAUAAACGUUCCACGUUUUCCACUUGUAAAUAACUGUCUAUUUUACAUAAAUUUGUAUAGUAAUUAAUUUUUGUAAUAUCUUGAAUACAAGAGUCGUAGUUUGGAGUUAUAAUCGUUUGGAUUGGCAUUAAGAUUUUCCAUUUUCCAUAAAUUUCCAUGCUUCUGUCGGUGUCCUUUCAGUGACGGUGAAAGUUAUAAGCAGAGAAAGAGCCGAGUGACACCGAAAUCGGAUCGCCUCCGCGGAAGAAAGAGCGGGAAGAACAGCGAGUACCUCGAACGACUUGGAAGACCGGAAGUGGCCAGCAGAAGUGGCGGAGAACCGCGUUGGGAACCGGAAGCGAGCUACCCUGUGCGCCAAUUCGCAGUUGCAUAACCACGCGAGAUGAGGCGGUUUUACACCACGAUCCUGCUGCUUUUGGCAAUUGUGGGUGCACGUGGUCAAGAUAAACUAAAGAAGAUAUAUUCUUGGAAGACGUUGGAAUUCGAUUUCCCAUCUGAGCAAACGAAAUUGUCAGCUAUUAAGAAUGGAAUCUUUAUACCUGGAGCCUCCAUACCCAUUGACGUCGAUGUCCACAUUACAGCAUCGAAAACGACGGUGUUCGUGUCCAUUCCAAGGUUCCAAAAUGGCGUGCCAGUGACCUUAGGUUAUGUUACCGGUCGCGUUUCUGCAGAUGGGAAUCACUUGAUAGCGCCAUAUCCAAGCUGGGUUUACAAUAAUAUAGACAACUGUGACAGUAUUACCAGUGUUUACAGAAUGCAGAUCGACCAAUGCGAACGUCUAUGGGUCCUCGACACAGGGAAAUUAGGAGAGAAACGAUUAUGCUCACCAAAGCUCCACGUAUUUUCCCUGCGCGACAACAGCCUGAUCACCAUGUACAGAUUUCCUCGAAGUCAGUUGAAAGGGGACUCUCUCCACGUCACCAUCGCAGUGGACGUCCGAGAUACGGCGAACAAAUGCAAGGAUACUUUCGCCUACAUCGCAGAUGUAACAGGAUUCACGUUGAUCGUCUACGAUUUCCACAACUCCGUGUCCUGGAUGAUCACCAACAACCUGUUCUACCCGUAUCCUCAAUACGGCACGUUCGACAUCAAGGGUGACACGUUUGACCUGAUGGACGGGAUCAUCGGUUUAGCAUUGGGGCCCGUUCGCAACGGCGACAGGAUUCUCUAUUUCCAUUCUUUGGCCAGCAGAGUCGAAGCAUGGGUGCCUACCUCUGUAAUCAGGAAUUACACGCUUUUCCGCGACAACCCUGAGGCGGCGGCGAGGUCGUUCGUGCCAUUCGCACAGGAGAGGACAUCUCAGUCCGCGGCUCAAGCUAUGGAUAGCAACGGAGUGCUUUUCUUCGGAUUGAUGUCCGAUCUGGCGAUCGCCUGCUGGAACAGUAAACAUUUCCUCGAAUAUGGAGGGAAGAAUAACGAGAUAAUCGCCAAGGAUCCUGAGACGUUGCAGUUUCCGUCUGGGAUAAAGAUCGUGUUGUCGCAAGACGGAAAGCAGGAACUAUGGGUGCUCACAGCGUCAUUCCAGAGGUACGCAAGCGGUACAUUGCACCCGAAUGAGACCAACUUUAGGAUCCAAGCUGGUUUCGUGGACGAACUGGUUCGUGGUACCAAGUGCGAUGUCGUAUCUCUAAAUGGACGCUAUCCGAUAUCCCAAUGAGGAUCGUGGCACCACGAGCAUUUCAGCGAUUACUACCAUGAAAAUUUCUGGUCAUCAUGGCCGUACUCGAUCUUCACCAUCAAACCGUCCUUCGUGAACCACCGUUUCGAAUCAUAUCAUUCGCGAAACCACUUCCAAAAUGACUAUUAUUCUCGCUACCUGUGGCGUUCUUUCGGAAUCGCGCCCACUCACACGCAUUCCUUUCGGGAAUCCAAAUCCACGGAUUUUCACGUUGCUUCCUCGAAUAUCGAGAGUAUUUGAACGUCAUAAUCGGCACGAUAAUCGAGAUCGAGGUAACUAAUAGAAUCACAAUAAAAGAAUCGUGAUUUCAAAUAACGAUGACGUGAUAAUUCCUAAAGAGACCAAGGAAUAACUUCUUGUUACUGUUCGUGGUGCUGUAAACGUUUUCGAAUUUUUUAUUUCUAUUUUGAGAUAGACUGUACAAGAUUCGGAAAAUGGAG